GUCAUCAAAACAAACCGCUGUUGUUCCCUCGCGGACGAUUGUAAACAAGCUGUGGUCGUUAGCAUUAGCCUGUUAGCUCCGUCAUGGCGUCCUCCGCGGGGCUCCCUCCGCUCGGCCCGGGCCGCAGCGCCCUGCUCGCCGGCCCUCCCUCCGCGGCCAGGCCGCCUCUCCGGCCUCUGCUCCCGCACCCUGCGGCCUCGGCCGCCUCUACCCCGGGCAGCGUGAUGGUGGAGUCGGUGGACGACGCGGAGGGCCUGUACGUGGCCGUGGAGCGGUGCCCGCUGUGCAGCACGUCCCGUCGCAGGCUCACCUGCGCCCGCUGCGUGCAGGCCGGGGAUUUCGUGUACUUCGACGGCAGGAACGCAGACAGAUACUCUGAGAAGGUGGAGAGAUUGAAGAAGCUGAAGGAGGAGAAGGAGCAGCUGCAACACAGAGUGCUGCAGCAGAUGGACAGGAAGCUUCAGGAGGAUCAGAUGAAGUGGAAGAUCAUGUCCUGCAGAAUGAAGAUCGAGCAGCUGAAGGAGGCGGUGGUUUGGGCGAACGAGGAGCUGAAGAGUGAUAAAGAGCUCCUGCUGCGCUCUCAGGAGGAGGCGCAGCGACUGCAGCGACGCGCCGGGCGUCACCAGGACAAACGAGACAAAAUCGAGCGGCACAACCGACGUCUGGGAGAAGUGCAGGAGAAGAGGAGCAGGGAGCUGCAGGGCCGGCUGAGCCUCCUCGCAGCCCUGAGGAGGGAGCACAUCCAGGAGCUCACCUCCCACAUCUUCUCAAUGCAGGAGGAGAAACAGGGCAGCAGAGACCCCGUGGAUGCGGCGGCGGCGGCAUUGGCGGACGUGGACGCGGCGCUGACGUCGAGCACAGUGAGCGAGCUGGCGGAGGCUCGGAGGACCACGUACCUGUCGGGUCGGUGGAUCUGGGACGACCAGAACGGAGAGACCAGCAUCAGCAUCACGGGGCCGCCCGUCACUCUGCCCAGCAACGGCGACUGCUCCGCAUACUACAGCUGGGUGGAGGAGAAGAGCACCAAUCAGGGCCCAGAGUUGGACCAUAUCAACCCGGCCCACACCAUCAGCGCGGCGCUGUGCUACACCACGCAGCUGGUCACCAUCCUGUCGCACAUCCUGGAUGUCAACCUGCCCAAGAAGCUCUGCAACAGCGAGUUCUGCGGAGACAAUCUGAGUCGGUAUCGUUUCACCCGAGCUCUCAGCAAACUCAACACCAACAUCCUCCAUCUCUGCUUCUCCCAGCACGUUGAUCCAGAGAAGCUCCACCCACAUCACACCCUCAGAAACAUCAUGUUUCUGGUCGCCAACGACAACCUGGGAAGGACGGGUCCGUUCGAGGUCAGCGCUGACCUGGAGGAGUCGAUGGAGUUUGUGGAGCCGGAGGCGGCGGGACCGGCGGAGGAGAGCGGCGAGGAGGCGGUGACGGACGAGGAGACGGACCUGGGGACGGACUGGGAGACGGUGCCCAGCCCCCGCUUCUGUGACAUCCCCUCACAGCCGAUGGACCUUUCACAGAGUGCAUUGCAGGUGUCUCAGCCCUCGGCCAACACUGGAGGAAUGAUCUCCUCUGCUGCUGCUUCAGUCACUUCCUGGUUCAGGACCUACACUGGACACCGCUGACACAUACACACAUACACACAUACACACAUACAUACACACACACACACACACACAUACACACACACACACACACACACACACACACACACACACACACACACACACACACACACACACACACACACACACACACACACACACACUCUGUGUGAACGCAAUGAACUAACGUACUGACCCACUUGAAGUCUCGUCACCUGCAGAUGAACUCUGUCUUUGUUUUUAUUGGUAGAUGUGAUGAGAAUGGGCCCUGUGCGGUUACCGUGGCAACAAGAACAAAUCUGUUUUGGUCUGAAAUAAACUGUUUUUGAAGUGAAA